GUGCGGAUCCAGUGGCCGCAUCUGCUACCGCCGUCCGUUCGUUUCCCGUCGUCCACCGCCGAUCCGUCACUCGUCUGCCCACACUAACCGAAACUAACGGCUGAAGACACGUCACAUACCCACAGCGUUUCCGUUUAUCCCACGCGCCGGUCGCAGUAUGAACGCCGACUGAACGCAGCGGCACAAACGAGAACGCGCGCACGACCACAGUCUUUUGUCCUCCGGUUAGCCACCGGUUUUUCCGACCAUCUCUACCUCGUCUCGUUGUCGCAACAUGAAACUGUUGUUCUGCGUGUUGCUGGCGGCCCUAGCCAAGUGCUCGGUGGCCAUUUACCCGUCCAACUCCGACGUCAUCGAGCUCACCGACGACAAUUUCGACCAAGUGCUCCAGGGCGUAGAGAUAUGGGUUGUGGAGUUCUAUGCACCGUGGUGUGGACAUUGUCAGAGGCUCGUGCCCGAAUACACGAAAGCCGCCAAAGCGCUCAAGGGCAUUGUUAAAGUAGCCGCCAUCGAUGCUGACAAGUAUCCAUCUUAUGCUGGCCGUUAUGGUGUACAAGGUUUUCCAACUGUGAAAAUAUUUGUUGACAAGAACAAGCCCCAAGACUUCACCGGAGAACGUACUGCUGCUGGCAUCACCGAUGAGGUCGUGAAAGCAAUCAAGAAUGUUAUUAGUGCUCAACUCCAAGGUGUACCUUAUGGAUCAUCGAAAUCAUCAAAGAAAUCUUCUGAUAAUGAAGUUGUAGAACUCACCGAUUCCAAUUUCGAUAAACUUGUGCUGAACUCUGAUGAUAUUUGGUUGGUUGAAUUCUUUGCCCCGUGGUGUGGACAUUGUAAGAAUUUAGCUCCUCAUUGGACUGCUGCUGCUGCUGAACUUAAGGGAAAGGUUAAACUUGGAGCAUUAGAUGCGACUGUUCACUCUUCAAAAGCUCAAGAAUACAACAUCCGUGGUUAUCCCACAAUUAAAUUCUUCCCAUCGGGUACAGCUACUUCAAGCGGAGCUGAAGAAUACACUGGAGGCAGAACAUCUUCAGAUAUUGUGAACUGGGCAUUACAAAAACAUCAAGAAAAUGUUCCACCACCAGACAUUAUUGAGAUUGUAAAUGAAGAUACAUUCAAAGCUGGGUGCUCAGAACAUGCUCUGUGCGUGGUCUCUGUAUUGCCUCACAUUUUAGAUUGUCAGGCUGAUUGCCGUAAUGAAUACCUGAAAACAUUGCGCUCUUUAGGAGAAAAAUUCAAACAAAAACUUUGGGGAUGGCUGUGGGCUGAAGCCGGCAAACAAUCUGAACUGGAAUCGACAUUAGAAAUUGGUGGUUUUGGAUACCCUGCCUUGGCUGUUCUGAAUGUUAAAAAAAUGAAAUAUUCCAUAUUGAGGGGGUCUUUUUCAGAAGAUGGAAUUAAAGAAUUCUUAAGAGAUUUAUCUUACGGCCGUGGUACAACUGCUCCGGUAAAGGGUGCUACCUUACCUGAAAUUCAAACAACUGAACCUUGGGAUGGUAAAGAUGGUGAACUGCCAGCUGCAGAGGAUAUUGAUUUAUCCGAUGUUGACCUUGAUGAACUUCCUAAAGAAGAAUUAUAAUUAGAUCCCUGGUCUCCAUGUUUUCUUUUCCAUUUUCUACUUUUUUUUUUUUUAA